AUGGAGUCGUUCAAUUUCGGUGCUGCAAUCUCGCGCCCCGGUGCCGUCCUUUCGCUGGCCAUGGCCUCCUCUCUUGUCUUGUCACAUCUCUCCUCAGCUCAAGAUGGGAAGUCAUGCCAGCCUUAUACUUGGGAUUCCCUUUCUCAGAUGCGCAUUGCCGCGGCCGAUGACGACUCCGGGCCAACUGAAGGUACCCUUAUCAUCGUUAACCCGGGCGAGGUCAACUGCCGGUACUGGACCGAUACCCCAAAAGAUGUUAGCUAUUACACAUGUUCGGAGCUUGCUCAGCGCUACGAUAUGCCCAGCGACCUUUUCUUCACUUUGAACCCAAGUCUUGAUAGGGACUGCGGUAACAUCAAGCCCCAAACCGAGUACUGCGUCUCAGGAUUUAUUGAGCCCAUUAGGGCUGUUGAUGGUCUCUGCGGCCCUCGUCAUAACAACGCUACCUGUCUCGGAACCGACAAGCAGUGCUGCAACUCGGAGACGUGGACCUGCGGCGAUUCGACCGAGGACUGCGCCCCUGGAACCUGCUACGAGGGCGACUGCGUGGGCGAUACUGUCUAUAGCACCGACGGUACAUGUGGACAGGACUACGGCUUCCGCGUCUGCGCUGGCCGCUGGGGAAGUUGCUGCAGCCUAGACGGUCGAUGCGGCACGGGCGACGCUUUCUGUGGUCUCUUUGCCUGCCAGGAUGGGGACUGCGACAUUUGGAAGCAGGACGAACAGCCGGCCGGCACAAAGUGGACGAAAGACGGUACCUGCGGUGGCGCGGAGGGAAUGAGGUGCUCGGCCGAGUGGGGGAGGUGCUGUAACGUGAACGGUAUUUGCGGUGAGAAGCCUGCCGACUGUCAUAUUGAGAGAGGGUGCCAGGACGGGUUUGGAAUCUGUGCCUUGACUUCGACAUCUCCCGUGUCCACACUCACAUCCGCUUCGUCCACGCCUGCGGUCAUUUCGACGUCCACGGUCCCAGGAACCUCGACUCUGGGGACCACCGGGACCUCUGUGACAACCACAGGCACCUCCACAGCGGCUCCCUUUCCUGCCUGUACCGGCGGCUCGAACGCGAUAGGUAUCACAGAAAACCUCAAGGGCCUGUGUUCAUACAGCUGUGACUUCAAUCACUGUCCUGCUGGUGCAUGCGUCUGCACGGGGCCCGCCUCAGAGCCGGCUGACGGUAUACCGGAACUGACAGGGCGCCACGGCUGUCCAGAUGAUAAUGUCACUGAGAAUCUAGCCUAUUAUGAGGACCUCUGCGAGUUUACUUGUAGCCACGGAUAUUGCCCGUCCGGUGCCUGCGAGUACUGUUGA